AUGAGGGAGCCACGCAGACCUGCCCCAUUUUUCGGACUAGAUGACCAGUUGCCAGUAUUGCUUGCGGUGCUAUUAGGGUUUCAGCAUGCUCUAUCAAUGGUGGCCGGAAUAGUUACCCCACCAAUGAUCUUAGGAGGCGCUGGGGGUGCAAACCUUCCAGUUGCUGUCCAACAGUACCUCGUUUCGACCUCAUUGAUUGUUUGCGGUAUAUUGUCAGCUAUUCAGAUUACUAGAUUCCACAUCUGGGGAACCCCGUACGUCCCCGGAGCCAAUUGCCCUGGGGAAGUUGGAACCACGUUUGCGAUUAUACCCGUGGCCGAGGGUGCUUUGGAUCAGAUGUAUGCAAAUGGACAGGUGAGAUCCAGAUAUGCCAACUAUGACUAUUUCCUUCCUAACCUUAAUCUAGGAGCCAUUCUCGGAACAGGAUGUGUCUGUGCGCUUUUAGAAAUCGCCCUUUCAUUCGUGCCUCCUAGAGUCCUUCGAAGGAUCUUCCCUCCGCUGGUAACUGGACCGGCUGUGAUGCUUGUGGGUGUCAAAUUGAUUGCAUCGGGCUUUAAGAAUUGGGCUGGAGGGAGUGGACCGUGCGCUUUGAUGCCCGAAAAGGGAUUUUUCUCUUUAUGUCCAAAUACUGGAGCUCCUCAUCCACUGCCCUGGGGGUCUGCACAGUUUAUCGGGCUCGGAUUCUCCGUCUUCAUUACGAUAAUUAUCUGCGAGAGAUUUGGGAGUCCUAUUAUGCAAUCUACCAGCGUCGCCAUUGGCCUUUUAGUGGGAUGCGUUAUUGCCGCUGCCACCGGGUACUUUUCCAAAAUGAAUAUUGAUUUGGCUCCUGCUGUUUCAUUUAUCUGGGUUCACACGUUCAAGCUCUCAAUAUACGGGCCACUUGUACUACCGACAUUAGCGGUUUAUGUAAUACUAGUGUGCGAGGUUAUCGGAGAUGUCACUGCAACGUGCGACGUUUCCAAACUCGAUGUUGAUGGUAAAAUGUUCGACUCACGUAUCCAGGGCGGUCUCUUGGCCGAUGGUAUCAACGGAUUUCUGGCAAGCCUAGCCACCAUGACCCCCAUGAGCACGUACGCUCAGAAUAACGCAUGGAUUACCCCUUUACCUGACCAUCCCGGCGUCAUCGCUCUCACUCGGUGCGCAAACAGGGGAGCUGGAUAUGGAUGCUGCUUUUUCCUGAUACUUAUGGGAAUCUUCUCGAAAUUUGCGGCAUCGCUGGUGGCAAUCCCGCCUUCAGUCCUUGGCGGGAUGACCACAUUCCUUUUCUGUUCAGUUGCUGUUUCAGGAAUGAGGAUUGCGUCAACCAUGCCAUUCACACGUCGUAGUAAGCGAUUUUUCAUUCAGUUUCCCCCAUUUAUUCCUCUCUCGCUCUUUCCUCGAUCCGUUCAUACUCGGUGA